CUAAAUUAGUAGAACGAAUCUUUCCUUUUCUCUCUUUUUGUGGUUUCUGAUUGAGUGAUAGAGUAGACCCAUAUCUCGACUCGGUGGCUGUGCUAUCAUCUAGUUCACGAGCUCUCAAUCGACCGGAUUUUCGCCAUGGCCUCCAGCGAGCAGCAAGAACACGCAGUGGCGCUGCUCCAACCCAAGGUUGAAGAAGCAUACACCACAGAUGGGUCACUCGACAUCGAUGGCAAUCCGGCGCUGAAGCAUCGCACCGGUGGAUGGAGGGCAUGCCGCUCGAUUCUUGGUACUGAAUUCUGUUACUGCCUGGCCUACUACGGCAUCAUGUACAACCUCGUCACCUACCUCACCACCGUGCUGCACCAGAGCAAUGUCGCCGCCGCCAAGAACGUGUCCACGUGGCAGGCCACCUGCUUCCUCACGCCGCUGGCUGGCGCCGUCGUCGCCGAUUCCUACUGGGGAAGGUAUCGUACCAUGGUCGUCGGCUGCUGCGUCGCCGUCGCUGGGAUGCUCAUGGCGUCUCUGUCGGCGCUUCUGCCGCAGCUGAUCGAGAGCUCAUCAACACUGUCCAUGGAGAUCAUCUUGUUUCUUGGCCUGUACAUGAUCGCUUUCGGGGUGGGCGGGCUCCGGCCAUGCCUGAUAUCCUUCGGCGCCGACCAGUUCGACGCCGGCGACCCGUCGGAGCUUAUCAGCAAGGGCUCCUACUUCAACUGGUACAUCUUCACCAUGAACUGCGGCUCCGUGAUAUCCACCUCUGGCAUGGUGUGGGUGCAAGACCACUACGGGUGGGCACUGGGCUUGGCCAUUCCGGCGAUGGUCCUCGCCGUUGGGCUCUCCUGCCUGGUCGCCGCGUCGCGGGCGUACAGGUUUCAGACAACCCGCGGUAGCCCGCUCACCAGAGUGUGCCAGGUCGUCGUCGCCGCCGUCUGCAAGUUCAACGUCGCGCCGCCGGACGACAUGUCCCUUCUCUACGAGCUACCGGACGACGCCUCCUCCAUGAAAGUAGUUGAGAGGAUCGAACACACCACUGAUCUCAGAUUCUUCGACAAGGCCGCCGUCGUGACGGCUUCGGAUGAGGAGGCGGCGGGCGCCGCGCCGCGCAAUCCAUGGAGGCUUUGCGUGGUGACGCAGGUGGAGGAGCUCAAGAUCUUCGUCAGGAUGCUGCCCCUGUGGGCGUGCAUUACCUUCUUCUACACCGGGACGGCGCAGGUCAACUCGACGUUCGUCGAGCAGGGCAUGGCGAUGGACGCCCGCGUCGGCUCCCUCCGCGUCCCGCCGGCCUCGCUGCUCACCUUCCAAAUGCUAACCACCAUCACGCUGAUCCCGCUAUACGACCGCGCGUUCGUGCCGGCGGUCAGGAGGCUCACUGGCAGGGAGAAGGGCAUCUCCGAGCUGGUGAGGAUCGGCGGCGGCCUCGCCAUGGUCGUGCUCGCCAUGGCCGCCGCGGCGCUGGUCGAGACGAAGCGCGUCCGCGCGUGGCAGACGGCGAUGGAGAAGACGAGCAUCAUGUGGCAGGUGCCGCAGUUCGUGCUGGUGGGCGUCGGCGAGCUGCUCACCUCCAUCGGGCAGCUGGACUUCUUCUACAGCCAGGCGCCGCCCGCCAUGAAGACGGUGUGCGCGGCGCUCGCGCUCGGCGCCAUCGCGGCGGGGGACUACCUGAGCUCCAUCAUCGUGACGGCCGUGUCGUGGGCGACGGCGACCGGCGGGCGGCCGGGGUGGAUCCCCGACGACCUCAACGAGGGCCACCUUGAUCGCUUCUUCUGGAUGAUGGCCGGACUUGGCUGCCUCAAUCUUGCAGCGUUUAUGAGCUGCGCCAUGAAGUACAAAACCAGGAAGGCUUGUUGAUGUUUCUGGGCUUGUUUGGGAGACCUGCUGCUGCACCUAGGCUCAUUACCGCUGGAUGCGCCUUAAGAUUCGGACGUACACGAUACCUACAUGCUGUAUAUUGAAACCUGGGAAAUACAUCACGAAUCGCUUAAUCGAUCGGACGGCAGAGGCCCUAGGUGCAGAAAAACCACGUCCACCUGCUGCUAGGGCUUUGGUGUUUUUUCUCCAUUUGCUACACGGUGCAAUGGGGUUAAUUUGAUCCAUGCCAUUGCAAAUAUACUAAAUCAAAAAAAAUACCAUUACUAUUUAUGAUA